AUAAAUAGAAAUUAAAAAAAAGAUUAUUUAACUCUUCACUAUAAAAAGCUUACUGUUUAAAUCAUUAAGUUAAAAAAAAAUGUCUGGCAAAAAUCGGAAGCCUUUUAAACGUUCACCCAAAUGCUCAAGAUGUCGUAACCACGGUAUAAAGAAUGCGUUAAAAGGACACAAGCAAACUUGUCUUUUCAAAGAAUGCGUUUGCAUGAAGUGCUUGAUUAGCGCCGAUACUCAAAAAAAUACCGCUGAUCGAAUUGCACUUUAUCGACAACUUGUUCGAGCUGAGAAAAUGAGGAAAACGGAGUUUCAUUCAUCGAACUCCGCCAAUUUCAAAAAAGAAUCGACUGAAUCCAUAUCAAAUUCAAAUAACGACAACAGUUUAACAGCUAAGUAUAGUGAUGUUUAUAUAGAUUUGAACGAUUCAAAAAAGUUUCAAUUCAACGUAAUUAAAACUGAAAAAAUGGCUUUUCCUUUUAAUACUUCUAAUAUAAAUAGCCAAUCGCACGUUAAUCGAGAUUACAACGAACAUUUUUAUAAAGGAUCUUUCAACCAAACUUCUUGCAAUGGAAGCUUAACUAACUUAUUUAUAGAAAAAUCUGAAAAUUAUAAUUCAUUUCAAAUACUCCAAUUUAGUGAUAAGUACAAUUGUCCACUGAAGAUAUUAAAACAUGGUGUAUGUUGUUCUGAACUUUACUGUCCUGUUCGUUCAUACUACGCACUUAAAAGAAAUUUUUCAAUAAAAAAUAAAUUUGAAGAUGUCUGAAAUUUUUAUUCAGUAAAUUGUUUUACACAUAAAAAUUCUACUCGUAUUUUAGCGUUUUUUCAAAAAGCUACACACUUUGAAGAUAAGCAUAUAUUUAUUCAUGUAUAUAUAUUUAUAUGAUAUAUAUGUGGAAAGUAUAAUGAUUUUAUGAAAUAAUUCAGAUGAAAAAUUUAUAAAAUAUGCAUUUUUUUCCAAUGUAAAUGGGGUAUAAACAAUGGAAAAGAUAUUUAAUAGGGAACUGGAGUCGUUAAUGUUUAACA